GUGGGGGGGGAGGAUGGAGGGAGAAGCAUAAGGAGAAGAGAGCGGUGUGAAAGACUCCUCUGCUCCAUUCCUAUCCUCUCACCAUUUUCUUGGAUUUUCCCAGUUUCAUAUAACGUUGCAAUCAAGCCGAAUUUGAUAAAGGGCCAGCGGCAGGAAAAGUGCUUUAAUGAGGACCCGGAGGGCUGCAUGUGAUUGGUAGAAAAGGUGAUUGCCAGCUAUUGGAUCUGAGAUCUGAAUUCCACCAGGUGGCCAAGGGAGGAGGAUGGCUGUGGAGAGUUUUACUGAACUGCUACAUAAGCUGAAAGAGGUCCAUGAGCAGGAGCUGGAAGGUUUGCAGCAGAAGGUGCUCGAACUAACCAAUAAGAAAAACUGUGAUGCAAAGAGACUGGAGGAGCUGUACAACAGGAACCAGCAACUGAGAGAGCAACACAAGAUACUCACAGAAAACAUAAAACAGCUAGAAAACAUGUUACGAGCUGGGUUGUGUGACAGGUGUACAGUCACUCAAGAGAUGGCUAAGAAAAGACAGCAAGAGUAUGAAUCCUCCCACCUCCAGAGUCUGCAGCACAUAUCCAUAAUGGUGGGUGAGAUCAACACAUUGAUGAAAGAGAAUGAAAGACUGAAAGAGGAGGUGAAAAGUCUACGAAGACGGAUAGAGCAGCAGAACGGUCACUCAGAGAGAGCAGGAAGCCCUGAAGUUAAGCACUCUCCUGACCUUACAGCCACAUCUCUGUCCAUGGCCUCCUCUGUCCUGAAGAAUGAUCACUCAGCACCAGGGGGCGCCAUUACAACAGCAGCCAUUGUGAAGCAUGAGCCUGAACACAACCAAAGCCUAGAGACUCCAGGUGACAGACAGGAGACAUCAGACAAAGAGCACAAACGGUUACAAGGGUGGAGUUUAACACACCUUUUGGAGUCAAGUAGACAGCCAACUUUUGCAACAAACCAAACAGCAUGGAAAGAGAGAAGAGCAGUUAGCAUGGACUCCUUGGAGACUCGUCCAUCCCCCACUUCACCUUCCAUCCCUCUUCACCUCCGUCUUCUGAAGCACAACCCCCUGUUCUCACCCAGGCACUCUGAGGACCGGCCUGCCCUUGUGUCUGUUCCAUUGCGACCCCAUCCAAUCAAAACCACCCCAUCCAACCUGCCCUGGCCCCUGCCUGAACGGUCAGAUUGGGUGUCAGUGGUGAACACUGGCACCAGCGGUGGCGUGGUGGUCAGUCCGAACCCGAAGCAUGACUCUGGCUCUCCUGUACUUCGCUUUUCAAGCCUGGUUCCACCAGGCCUUGAGUCCCACCUACCAUCUCGAAGCCCUGCCCACCCACGACCCAUCUGCCCAUACCCAAAGAACCUCCUUGAGGCAACAGAUACCAAAGAAAAGAGAACACCUCCAAGCUCCUGGACAAGCUCCCAGUAUGAGAGGAUCUUUGGUGAAAAUCUACGAGAAGGAGAUGAAGAGGCACCUUUGGAUCUGUCCAAUGCCAGCCCCAAAGUCAAAGAAACAGAGAUGAAUUCGGUGUCAUCUUCAUCACCUCCAGCUCCACUCUCUUCACCAUCUUCAGCUCAGUAUGCCUCUAGUCCUCAGAGUGAUCUCCAAACAGGGGAUACAAAGCUACAGAGAGAAGAGACUGGAGAAAGACAUAAUAACGAAGUGGGAGAGGAGGGAAGUGAGAAGAAUGAGAAUGUAGACACAGAAAACCUCAAAAUCCCCACUCUGACCAUUUCACUUCGUCCAGUUGUGGUCCUAGAGUCAUUAAAAUCAACAGGACAGCUGCAGAAAGAGCAGGACAUGGAGAGAGACAGCAGCCCAAAAGACCAGGACGAAAAAGAAGAUAGCAAACAAGUGAUAGUGAAGAAGAGACCAGGCCAGACUUUUGAAGCCUUUCCAUGGUGCCCACUAAAAGAAAAGAAACUGAGGACAACACUACUGCCACAGGGGACCAACCAUGGAGACUCAGAGCAGGACUGAGCUCAGUGUCAUGUACAAGAUAUCGUCUUUCAGUACGGUCUACAAAAAUCCUAGUGCAUGUCCUUCAGCACCUAUGCAUCAAAGAUUCAUCUGAUGUUCUUCUGAAUUGCUGGAGAGAGGGAAAAAAAGCCUGCCCCUCAUCUAUUGCACGAUAACAGCAGGCAGACCAGAAAUCACACAGGAAAGACAAAAAAAAUCUAAUUUUAGCACUCUGAAUAUUACACUUGUUUUGGAGAUUGCAAGGCAUGCAGUCUGCAGAUCAGCUGCUCUUCUGUGCACACCACUUCUCAAAGACUAGCCUGAAGACUUCUCAGCAUUCUUUGCCUGUAGUAGACAGGAAGCGAGAGACUACUGUACUUCCUGUCCUGAGACUGUGAAUAAAUUUGACUUGACACCAAAAAUCUUUUUUUUUAUCAUUUCAUUUGAAUCACCUCUCUCUCUCUCUCUCUCUCUGUCCAUCUUUCUCUUCAUACAUGGACAUGUGCAUCAGUUUCCAUUUUCACUUCCCUGACAAGCUUAAGCCUGUCUUUCACAAAAGCAACUUUCUGUCAGCUCGCCAGGCUAUUUUAAUUUUUUUUUUUUUAACAGGCCUGUCUCUUGCAAGUGUGACAAAAACGAAACACCCUCCCCUUCCCCUUUUGGGUUUUGCUUUUUGUGAAGGCACACAUUUUGUAAGAGUGAAUUUUCCACUUGCAGCAGCUGUGCCCAUUUCAAGCAUGUAAAAAAAAAGGGAGGGGGGUGUAACAGUGACAGAAAAAAAGAACGUGUUAAUUUUAAAAUGUCUUUAGCCAUGUCAGACUUGCUCAAUGCAGUUCAUUACAAUCAGUAGAACUGUUCUCAUGAGUCACUGAGAGAAGGUGAGAGGUGUUUUAUAGUAGUAUCUGAAAGGCUUGACAGAAUAUAUAAAAUAUGUGUCAGUGUACAUUGAAUAAACACAUAUGAGCUA